UUGAAAAUGAUUCAAUGUUAUUCUCGUUUAUUGGAUUCGACAUUGAUGACUCUCACUAUAUAACACGCUAUGCUACUACAAAAAUACAAACGUUGACAUGGCAAAUGUGACAACAAACAAUGCAAAGUGAACGUGAUGUAUAUGCCACCCUAAACAAACAAUGCAAAGUAAACAUGACGUGUAUGCCAGCCCAAAACGAGGGUUCAUUGCCCAACGCCUUCCGUGCGCAGAAUGCUACUUCAAACGAAUGGAGUGCGCGACAAUUCGCAGAUAUGCUCGCAGAAUAUUUGUAAUGAUAAGCGCCGCCCUGGUGUACAUGUAUAUAGAUAUGGCCACGAAGCCUUGUCGAAUCGGAGCAGCGAAGGAUUUUCACAUCCUGUUGCCAUUGAAACUCAUACGAGGGGUAUCUUGCAGCUAAAUCUGCUAUAGCGAGUGACGCGUUUAUUUCGGAUGUGUUCAAAUGGCUUCAAAAGACUCUCAUUGGUGCAGCUGCUGCACAAUCGCGCCGUGAG